AUGUAUGAAGUUGUAAAGCUGGCAAAAGGUAAAGGAGUGAAAAAAGUCUGGAAACAGACAGCUCAGGGCUUUAGGAAUUUAUACCUAAAGAUUCCCUCAAGUGAUACUAAACUAGUCUGUGCGCUUCAAGCAGGUGUCCGAGCGCAGUGCAUCGAGGAGAGUCUGUGGGACUGGGAGUGGCCAAGGGAGGAGCCAAGCAGGGCUGGAGGAGCUGACCCAAGAGGCAGCUCUUUUGUGGAUCCCAAGCCUGGAACAGCAGAAGUUAUGCUGAGGAAAAAAAAAAAAAAAAAAUUAAAAAACGAAAAAAAAAAAAAAAAAAAGAAGCUAAAUAAGAAAAAAAAAAAAAAAAAAUUUACUACAAAAAAAAAAAAAAAAAAAACUAGAACCCAAAAAAAAAAAAAAAAAAAGUAG